AUGGACCUGUGGGAGGAUGAAGGGUUCCAGUCGGCGUCCAACUUGACUCCUGAUUCCCAGUCUGAGCCCAGCGUGACCCCGGAUGUGGACCUGUGGGAGGCGGCACUCACUUACGAGGCCAGCAAGCGGCGGUGCUGGGAGCGAGUUGGAUGGCCCCCUGGCCACAGAGAGGAGCCCUACCUGACCGAGGCAGGCAGGGACGCCUUCGACAGGUUCUGCAGGCUCCGCCAAGGGGAGUUGCAGGUGCUCGCUGGGGGCCUCAUGCCGACCACGCCGCCCGUGCUGCUGCCGGAGUGUGAGCUGGUGAAGGACGUGCUCAAUGUGUUGAUUGGGGUUGUGUCUGCCACAUUCUCACUCUGCCAGUCGGCGCAGGCCUUCGUGGUGAAGCAAGGCGUCCACGUGUCAGGAGCAUCCCCCGAGAGCGUCAGCAGCCUUCUCUCAGAGGUGGCUGAGUAUGGGACCCACUACACCCGUCUGAGCCAUUUCUCUCUGCAGCCCGUCCUGGACUCCUCAUACAGCAAGGGCCUUGUGUUCCAGGCCUUCACCAGCGGCCUGCGGAGAUACCUGCAGUACCACCGGGCCUGUGUGCUCGCCACUCCGCCCACCCUGAGCCUCCUCACCAUCGGCUUUCUCUUCAAGAAGCUGGGCCGGCAGCUCAGGUACCUGGCUGAGCUUUGUUGUGUUGGCACUGCGCUCCUGGGAACCAGCGGAGGAGGGCCCAGGGCUGCAUUCCCCACCGGUGUGAAGCUGCUGUCCUACCUCUACCAGGAGGCUCUGGACAACUGCAGCAAUGAGCACUACCCCGUGCUGCUGUCCCUGCUGAAGACCAGCUGCGAGCCUUAUACACGGUUCAUCCAUGACUGGGUGUACAGCGGGGUCUUCAGGGACGUGUCCGGCGAGUUCAUGAUCCGGGUGAACGACGGGUAUCUUGGCUUCAGAGACAAGUUUUACUGGACCCACGGCUACGAACUCAUCUCCAAAGAGGUGGAGGACUGUGUGCCCGUGUUCCUGAAGCACAUCGCCCAUGACGUGUACGUCUGUGGCAAGACCAUCAACCUGCUGAAGCUCUGUUGUCCCCGGCAUUACCUCUGUUGGUCCGACAUCCCUGUUCCUCGCAUCUCGGUGGUUUUCUCCCUGGAGGAGCUGAAGGAGCUGGAGAAGGACUGUGCCGUCUAUGUUGGGCGGAUGGAGAGGGUAGCCCGCCACAGCUCCAUCAGCAAGGAGGAGAAGGAAUUACGUGUGGAAAUUGCAAAACAGGAAUUAAUUGUCCAAGCCCGGGAAGCAGCGUCCAGGGUCCUGAGUGCGCUGAGCGACCGGCAGGUGUCGGAACGGAUGGCCGUGGACGCACGGAAGCGCGAGCAGUUCCAGCGGCUGAAGGAGCAGUUCCUGAAGGACCAGGAGCGACGCCGGCUUGCCAGGCAGGAGGAGCUGGAUGAUGACUUCAGCUACGCGCGUGAGCUCCGGGACAGGGAGAGGAGGCUGCGGUCUCUGGAGGAGGAGCUGGAGCGGAAGGCAAGGCAAGCGCUGGUCGACCAUUACAGCCAGCUGUCUGCAGAGGCAGCUCGCCGGGAGCAGAGGGCUCUGUGGAGACUCCAGAGGCACCGGCUGGAGAGCGCACGGCUUCGCUUCCUCCUGGAAGAUCAGAAGCGCAUUCAGAGGAUGCUAAGAGACUCGUCUGUGGCACACACGCCCCAGGAGAUCCUGGAUGUCCCCUCAAGUGCACACGCCCAGGUCAUGUGUCUAGGCCCUGAGCACCCAGAGGGAGGCCGAGGCUGUGAUUCUGAGCCUUCACAGCAACAUGUGGAUGCCUGGGAUGGCCUGGCCACACCGAUGCCGCUGCCCCUGGAGUCUCCAGCAGUCGAGACCGGUGACCCAGGGCCCCAGCAGGCAGAGGGCACUGGGCCGUUCUCGGCUGGCCUUAGCAUUGGAGACUUCCUUCCCGUGGGCCUGGGGGCUGAGCAAUCUGCGCAGACCAGCACGGUCCCUCUCCUGGAGGAGGCUCUGCAGACCAUCAGCACUGACCUAUCCCUCUUAGCUCCUGGGGAGGCCCCUGCAGCCACCAGCAUUUGGUCUUCCAGGCCACAGGAGUAUGACUUCAGUACUGUCUUGAGGCCCACUGUGGCUGCCUCACUGACACCAGGGCUCCUCCAGGCUGUAGAGGACAACUUGGGCAGCUCAGGGCACCAGCUGUCAGGCGACAAUCACAGGAAGCUGGACACACAUGUCCCUGCUACACAGGUGGCUCUGCUUCAUGCACAUGCACCUGGGCAUGUCACCUCCCCAGAGGGGUACUGCCAGCCCACAGAGCAGCUCUUAGGGCAUGUGUCAGGGGAUGGGGUUCCCACAGGGGGCCAUGCUUCUGGAAUGCUUCCCACCCAGCCACAGUGGAACAUCCAUGGGCAUGUGUCAGAAGCCAACAUCAGAGUUGGGGAGAAUGUGUCAGACGUGGCUUCUGCCCGGCCACGGUGGAACAUCCACGGACAUGUGUCAGAUGCCAGUAUCAGGGUUGGGAAGAAUGUACCAGAUGUGACUUCUGCCCUGCCACAGCCAAACAUCCAUGGACACGUGUCAGAUGCCAGCAUCAGAGUUGGGGAGAAUGUAUCAGACGUGGCUCCCACUCUGCCACGGUCAAACAUUCAUGGACUUGUGUCAGAUGCCAACAUCAGAGUUGGGGAGAAUGUGUCAGACGCGACUUCUACCCGGCCGCGGUGGAACAUCUGUGGACAUGUGUCAGAUGCCAGCAUCAAGUUUGGGGAGAAUGUGUCAGACGUGGCUCCUACUCAGCUACGACCAAACAUCCACGGACAUGUGUCAGAUGCCAGCAUCAGUAUGGGGAAGAAUGUGUCAGAUGUGGCUUCUAUCCAGCCACGGUGGAACAUUCAUGGACACGUGUCAGAUGCCAGCAUCAAAGUCGGGGAAAAUGUAUCAGAUGUGGCUCCCACUCUGCCACGGUCAAACAUUCAUGGACAUGUGUCAGACGCCAACAUCAGAGUUGGGGAGAACGUGUCAGAUGUGGCUUCUACCCGGCCACGGUGGAACAUUCAUGGACACGUGUCAGAUGCUAGCAUCAAGGUUGGGGAGAAUGUGACAGACGUGGCUUCUACCCAGCCACAGUGGGAUGGACACAGAUACUGGUCAGAUGCCAGCAUCAGCAUGGAAGAGAAUGUAUCAGAUGUGGCUUCUACCCUGCCACGCCUGGAAGACAAGGAGGAGAGCAGCCUUCAGACCACGCCCUCUGCUGCAGGAGACAGUGUCCCUGAGGAGCCAGGCCGGCGGCGGAGUGGACACCCUCAGGAGCCUUCUCCCAGUUGGCCUCAGAACUCACAGGAGGACACAGCGGCCGGGAGCAGCCCAGGCCCCGGUGUAGAGGCAGUGGAGGCGGCUGAGCCCCCGGCCCAGGCCCAGCAUGGCGCGGAGCCGGCCUCCCUGGCGGGCCUGGCGGCACGGUACCAUCUGGAGCAGUAUCCGGACAACUACGAGGCCAUGUCAGAGCCUCCGGCCGCGCACCUUCUGCGCCACGUGCUCCCGCGGGCCUCCGCCUUCCCAGUGGACCCCCAGGUGCAGCCAGCUGCCGACGGGAGUGCAGUGCAGCUGAGCGAGCUGCUGACGCUGCCCGUCCUCAUGAAGCGUUCAGUCACUGCCCCGCUGGCCGCCCACAUCUCGCUGGUGAACAAGGCCGCCGUGGACUACUACUUCGUGGAGCUGCAGCUCGAGGCGCACUGUGAGGCGCUGCGGCACUUCCUGCUGAUGGAGGACGGCGAGUUCGCCCAGUCGCUCAGUGACCUGCUCUUCGAGAAGCUCGGGGCUGGGCAGACGCCGGGAGAGCUGCUCAGCCCGCUGGCGCUCAACUCGGUGCUGAGCAAGGCCCUGCAGUGCAGCCUGCACGGGGACACACCGCACGCUGCCAACCUCUCCUUCGCCCUCAAGUACCUGCCCGAGGCGUUUGCCCCCAACGCCCCCGACGCGCUGAGCUGCCUGGAGCUCAGGUAUAAGGUCGACUGGCCGCUCAACGUCGUCAUCACUGACAGCUGCCUGAGCAAGUACAACGGCAUCUUCUCCUUCCUGCUGCAGCUGAAACUCGUGACCUGGACGCUCAAGGACGUCUGCUUCCACCUCAAGCGCACAGCCCUGCUGAGCCGCAUGGCCAGCUCCGUGCAGUUCCGCCAGCUGCAGCUGUUCAAGCACGAGAUGCAGCACUUCGUGAAGGUCAUCCAGGGCUACAUCGCCAGCCAGAUCCUGCACGUCACCUGGUGCGAGUUCAGGGCCAGGCUGGCCGCAGCCGCGGACCUCGAGGAUAUCCAGCGCGCCCACGCCGAGUACUUGCACAAGGCUGUCUUCAGGGGCCUGCUGACGGAGAAGGCGGCGCCGGUCAUGAACAUCAUCCACAGUGUCUUCAGCCUGGUGCUCAAGUUCCGCAGCCAGCUCAUCUCGCAGGCUUGGGGCCCUGCGGAUGGGCCGCGGGGCGCCGAGCACCCCAACUUUGCCCUCAUGCAGCAGUCCUACAACACCUUUAGAUACUACUCCCACUUCCUCUUCAAAGUGGUGACCAAGCUGGUGAACCGCGGUUACCAGCCCCACCUGGAGGACUUCCUGCUGCGCAUCAACUUCAACAACUACUACCAGGACGCCUGAAGGCUCGCCUGUGGAACCUCUCAAUAAAGGCGUCCUUGUUUCCA